AUGGGUGCGAAUUGUUGCAGGCAAUACAAUGAUAAAUCGUACGAGCUAACCAAUCUCAAUUAAUUUACUUCAUCAAAUAUCUCGUAAAAGAAAAGCAGCUCAUCUUCGAAUAUAUUAAACAAAGAGAAAUGCCAAUAACAAGAUGAAAAUUUCAAAGAAGAUGCCUCUGUUACUUAUAUCCAUGAACCAUUCAAAUUUGAAGGCGACAAUUAAGAAAUUAAGGAAGUUAAUGGAGAUGUGGAUGGAGUUGAAUCAAUACAGCAGUCUCAUCAAUUCUUAUAAGAUUGCAUUCCAAAUGAUAAUAUUUCUUCCUCAGAAUCAGAUGAAUCAAUUCACUGUGAUGAUACUUAUACAAAAAAAUCAAUACUAAAGCAUGACCUAAGAUAUUGCCAAAAUCAAGGUUCAGUCAAAAAUAAGGAAGUAUUGAAAAAAAAGGUUAGAUUCAAUCUAAAAUUAAAUUUAAAAUGA